AUGCAAGCUUCAGUUGUACCACGUUCCCCAAGUUCUCCGCUGCACAGUGUUUCUCUGCUGAGCAAGUCUUUUCCCCAGCUGCCUAACCCACGAAGGAGAAGACAUGGGGGAAGAACCAAGGACCCCUGGAAUACAGCCAGCCUUACUGGUGACGACUGGAGCUCCUACAGUCUAUCUUCAGCUGCCAGUAACAUCCUACUUCGCUCACCCCUGGAAUCUGCCAGUGGAAUACCCACUCCAGAUGAUACCAUACACUCAUUGCCCUCAUGUGUACGAAGUUCCAGCAGAGCUGUGCUGACUGUCAGCACCAAGACCACACAGAUUUUAAUGGCCAACGAUAAAGCCUGCAGACUAUUUGGCUAUAGCAGUCUUGAGUUAAUUGGAAUGGGUCUGUCCAGUCUGAUUCCUGCAUCCAGCCACAGAAUUUCGGAGGUUUUAGAGGAGGAGCUUACAGAAGCUGAUGGCAUUUCACGGGUACCUGGAGAAGUAGUA